AUGUUCGUGCUUAUAUAUGGCUUCAACAGUGUUGGACAUGAAGCUGUACAUGCCAGGUUAUCACAACUCCAGCCUCCAAGACAGAGACCAGGAAUUCUAGGCAUAAAUCUAGGGAAGAACAAAACCUCAGAAGACUAUGUACAAGAUUAUACUCGGGGAAUUGCAUGUUUUGGCCCCAUUGCAGAUUAUCUUGUUGUUAACAUUUCAAGCCCAAAUACGCCUGGACUUCGAAAUCUGCAGCACCGAGGAAAGUUGGAGAAACUGGUGGAUGCAGUGAUUGAUGCAAGAGACAAUCUCCCUGGCUCUCACAAGCCUCCCAUUUUCUUAAAAAUAGCGCCAGAUUUGACAGAUGAGGACAAACUGGACAUUGCAACAGUGGUGAGAAGGAAGGGGCGAAAAGUGGACGGGCUUAUUGUAAGCAACACAACCGUUUCUCGGCCACCCACACUGCAAAGUGCUGAGCGCGAGGAGACAGGAGGGUUGAGUGGACAGCCUCUGAGGGCACUUGCUACCAAGACCAUCAAAGACAUGUAUCAAUUAGUUGAAGGAUCAGUUCCAAUCAUUGGCGUGGGGGGAAUUGCCAGCGGCCAAGAUGCCUAUGACAAGAUCAGGGCUGGGGCAAGCCUUAUCCAGUUGUACACUGCACUCAUCUACCAUGGACCUCCACUUAUCAUCAGGAUUACGAAGGAGCUUGAAGAACUUUUGUUGUAGGUUUUCAUCCUUGGAGUUUGU